AUGGCAACCAAUGAGGAAAUUGAAAUGUGCUCAGUGAGCCAGGAGCCAGGUUCUACCCGGGGACCCGAAAAUGCUCGUCAAUCUGCCCCAUCCGGUCGGUACCAGAACACCGUCAAGCGCCUGAAUGAUGCGGUCGCCAAGUCUGUUGUCGGCUACCUGUUCCGUCUCGAUGGGAGCGGUCAUCCGAAGCAAAUUGAGGGGACCGCCUUUUCGACGGAGUUGCGUGCUGGACUGACCACUUUCGCGACGAUGGCGUAUAUCAUCGCUGUUAAUUCGGCGAUUCUCGCGGUUACCGGCUAUGGUUGUCACUGCAAGAUGCCGCUCGAUCAGAACGGAAAAUGUGGUAAUGACACUGAGUGGACCAAAUGCUAUGAGGAGGUUCGACUGGAUCUUAUUACUGCCUCGGCUGCUCUCGCGGGGCUUUCAAGUAUCCUGUUUGGUCUUUUCACCAACUUGCCUGUUUGUCUUGGCCCAGGUGUUGGUCUUAACGCGUACUUUGCCUACCAAGUUGUCGGCGUCAAGGGCACCGGCCCUGUCGACUACCGUAUUGCCCUCACAGCUGUCUUCAUCGAGGGCUGUAUCUUCUUAUUCCUGGCCUUGACAGGUCUGCGCCAUUGGCUUGUAAAGAUCAUUCCCAUCUGCAUCAAGAUCGCUAGUGCUGCGGGCAUCGGCUUGUUCUUGAUCUUGGUCGGCAUGUCGUACCAGUCCGGCUUGGGUCUUGUUACAGGAGCUACCGCGGCCCCUCUGACAAUUAGCGGUUGUCCAGAGCAUCUCCGCAAUGAAGCUGGAAUUUGUGCCAGUGGUAUCAUGUCGGACCCAAAGGCAAGUUUCAUUAUUCCUCGUUCUCCAAAGGUUUAUAGAUCAGGAAUAACAUGUCUGCAGAUGUGGCUAGGCAUCGUCUUCGGCGGCCUUCUUACGGGCCUGCUCUUGAUCUUCCAUGUAAAGGCAGCGAUCCUCAUCGGUAUCGCAAUUGUGUCCAUUAUGUCAUGGCCGCGCGGCACCUCCUUCACCUAUUUCCCCUACACUGCCGAGGGCGAUAAUCGCUUUAACUUCUUCCGCAAGGUUGUCUACUUCCACCCAAUCAAGCACACGCUGGCACAGCAGCAGUGGGACCUCAGCGGCGGCAACGGGCAGCAUUUCGCCCUGGCGCUGUUUACCUUCCUCCACAAAGGUGAACGUGACUUCCCCCGGUCGACUGUCGCUUUUUCUGUCGAUGCAGUUUGCAUCAGCAUUGGAUCGCUGUUUGGCUGCUCGCCUGUCACCACUUUCGUCGAGAGCGCUGCUGGGAUUGCCGAGGGCGGACGCACUGGUCUGACAGCUGUUACCACGGGGGUCUGCUUCUUGAUCGCCAUGUUUUUUGCCCCGAUCUUCGCGUCCAUCCCGCCCUGGGCAACUGGGGGUACAUUAAUUCUGGUCGGUUGCAUGAUGAUUCGACAGAUUAGCCAACUUAACUGGAGCUAUGUCGGCGAUGCGAUCCCCUCAAUGGUGACCCUCACAUUCAUCCCCUUCAGCUUCAGUGUUGCCUAUGGCAUCAUUGCAGGUCUGUUCACCUACGUGACCAUCAACGGCGCCAUCUGGCUGAUCAUGAAGCUGUCUCGAGGGAAGAUUGCCCCGCCUGACUACGACAGAAAGGAAUAUUGGUCCUGGAAGCUGGCCAAGGGAAACAAACCGUGGAUUUUCCAGGUGAUCCAGCGGCUCAUCUACUCAAUCAAGACCCGGCGUGAGGGUAGCCAGCGGAACAGGAACCCUUCCAUUCCUCUGAGCUCUGGAGAUGAAGCCUCGGAGCACGCUCAUGAUGUUCACAAUGACCAUAACGGCAUUUCUCGGGACGAACCUCACACUCUGGAGAAGACCGGAUCUGGUGGCUCAUUUGGUCAAUUCAUCCGUGACCGUCACUGA